CUUGGUUCACUACCCAGAUGUGUACUGUUUAUGGCAUCAUCUUUCUACUUAUUCUUAUUCUUUGGAUAUAGGUCUGAUGUAGCAGAACAAAGUGGGGAGUUAGUUUCCCGUUCAAUAGCAGGAUCGAUGACCCCAAGGGUAAACUUUGGUUAUGCCGAUGCCCAUAUGGUACCUAGGCAGAUGGCGGCUGGUCCUGCAGACUGGCGUGAAGCUCUUGAUAUUGUUGCAUUAGGUUUGCCUGAGCAGUCUGUUGAAGGAAUGAAAGUCAUAUGCCAUGAGCUAACUCAGGCAGUUGACCCCGAAAGCUCUGUGCUUGACGAUCUUAUCAAAGAAGCUUACAGAUUAGUUUCAUGCUUGUCUGUUAUGGUAAGCCUUCAUUGUAUUCUUCAGCUUAGCUUUCGGUAA